UUAGUAUUUAUUGGACUAGCAACAGCAACAGUGCGCCAUUCAGAAAAAGAACCUUAUUCUACGGAUGAAGAACAUCUUCCAUACGAAUGUCUCCAAUACGUGUGUGUGUUUUGUAGACAUGGAAAACGUUCUCCUCUGUUUAUGCCGUAUCCAAAUGACCCCAACAAGUCGAAGUAUCCAGAAGUCUUUCCGGGGAUCCCUGGAAAACUUACAGAGGUUGGACAGCAAGAAAUGUACAGGGUCGGAAAGAAUUAUAAGGCAAGAUAUGGAGACUUUGUCGGAGGCUACACUCAAGAGAAAGUUCAUGUGUCUACAACAUCUUUUACCACAAGAACAACAGUGACAGCUCUGUGUGUUAUGGCUGGCCAAUUUCCUCCUUCCAAGCCAAUAUUCAAGGAUUUACCGAACUGGCAGCCCAUUCCUGUCUGGCAGAAUUCAUCGGAUUUUGACAAAUCAUAUUUGUAUGGUGGAGAUCUUCAGCUUACCAAGCAGGUAUGUCCAAGAUUAGGCACACUAGUGAGUAAAGGACUUGAAGAAGCAGGAAAACCCGACCAAACCAGAGAUCGUCAAACGUUGUAUAAGUUACUUCAAAAUUAUACUGGAGAUCCAAAAGCCAACUCUGUACUUUCAGCCGCUGCCCUUUAUGACGUUUGUACUUUUGAGUCUUGGAAUGGAUUGCAAUUGCCUGCUUGGGCCACUCAACCUCUGGUUCAAUACCAGAACAGACGUAUCUAUCCAGAUUUGUUGGAACCCAUUGCAUUGGAGUUCUUUUUUGACCUGAUAUAUUUAAACCAUAACAAGAAUAAUCUUCAAUAUUAUUCAGGGCCUCUCUUUAACUACAUUCACGAACAGCUGGAAAUGAAUAAAAAAGAUUCAGAAGAAAAAUACAGAUUUCAUGCCACACAUGACUCGACAUUGUUUGCCCUGUUGGAGGGUAUGGACAUUGAAGUGGAAAGGUUGAUUGGGCCUGGAGAUGGGAUAAUAUUUGAAUUAUGUCUAAAAAACAACACAACUAUUGUUCAGGUUCUUUAUUACCACGCAAAUAAACAAACUUUUAGAAAACUGAAACUGCCAUCGUGUCCGGCUCCUUGCACACUGAGCAACUUCAUCAAGGCAACUCCUGGGCUCACGCCUCAACAGUGGGAGGAGAGAUGUCACAUGUAAUGUGUCAAAAUAUCAAAUAAAGCAUAUGAGCUGAGUUGAUUGACAAGAACCAACUCACUGGAGAUGUCACAUAUGUUGUCUGAGUUAUUUAUUUACGCAGCUAGUAAUCACCAGAAAACAUG